CACAACUUCUUCUCCACAAAAACCCUUCAUAAAUUUUUCAAAAUGCGUAUUGAGCAAUGUUCCGUAUCAGGUGCACCAAUGUAUCCUGGACAUGGUAUCACCUUUGUCAGAAACGAUGGUAAAGUCUUUAGAUUCUCCUCCAAGAAGGCCAGAAAACUCUUUGAACGUAGAGUUAAUCCUAACAGAUUGAGAUGGACAAAGGCCUACCGUAGAAAGAACGGCAAGGAAUUGUCUGUUGAUAAUACUUUUGAAUUUGAAAAGAAGAGAAACGUUCCAGUCAAAUACGACAGAGAACUCUACGCCAAGACUAUCCACUCUAUCAAGAGAGUCAACGAAAUUCAAGAACAAAGACAAAGAGCCUACUACUUCAAGAGAAUGGUUCCAUCUCUCAAGGUUAGAAAGAUGCAAAUUGCUAGAGAGUUGAAGACUAAUAUUGAUUUGAUCUAUGCUCCAGUUUCUGCUAAACGUUCUCAAGAAAUGGCUGCUCUCAGAGAAAACCAAGCCAUGUUGGAUACCGAAUUGAAAUUACAAAAUACUUCCAAGAAAUCAACAAAGAGAAAGCAAUCGGAGGAUGAUGAUGUUGAAAUUGUGGACAAUGAAUAAAUCAGAGAAGGUGUAGGUAUCUGUGGUAAGAUAGACGAGAAGGAAUUAAACAAUCUAAUGCCACACUAUCGCGAGAAAUGAAAUGUGGCACUAUGUGCACAAUGCACGUAAAACCUUUAUAAACUUUAUUAUUUCGUUAAAUUAUUAUUAAAUAUUAAA